AUGUCCACUAGCUGUGUGAGGAGAGCAUCACUACAUUACUCUACCAUGGCCACUAGCUAUGUGAGGAGAGCAUCACUACAUUACUCUACCAUGGCCACUAGCUGUGUGAGGAGAGCAUCACUACAUUACUCUACCAUGGCCACUAGCUGUGUGAGGAGAGCAUCACUACAUUACUCUACCAUGGCCACUAGCUGUGUGAGGAGAGCAUCACUACAUUACUCUACCAUGGCCACUAGAUGUGUGAGGAGAGCAUCACUAACAUUACUCUACCCAUGGCCACUAGCUAUGUGAGGAGAGCGUCACUACAUUACUCUACCAUGGCCACUAGCUAUGUAAGGAGAGCAUCACUACAUUACUCUACCAUGGCCACUAGCUGUGUGAGGAGAGCAUCACUACAUUACUCUACCAUGGCCACUAGCUGUGUGAGGAGAGCAUCACUACAUUACUCUACCAUGGCCACUAGCUGUGUGAGGAGAGCAUCACUACAUUACUCUACCAUGGCCACUAGCUGUGUGAGAGAGGUGGACAGAGAAUGGAGUCGCCUUAUCACAUAUUAUGUCAGCCACCGUCCGAGAGAUGCAGAGCAACAACCUGAGUAUGAAACACACUCUUAUCGGCCAACUCCAGCGGGACACACACACUUCACAGUAACGGUGUAGGAGGAAGCUAUCACUCUGACGAUCUGAUGGAUUGGACAAGGAGGAGGACAGUGGAGCAGCGAGAGGUACACUCCAACACACACACACAAUCAGACAUAUCACCAUGCUACCCCAUACACACACACACACAUACACACACAAAACAUCUCCCCAUGACCAUAGAGAUCUGAACCUGGUCUGUGGUUUCAUCUCCUCUCCCUCUGUGUUCUCCAGUUCUUCUGUCUCUAGCUGAGAUCAUUCCUUAAGGGUCUGGCUGCCUGUCUGUCAACACUGAGAAGACUGUCAUACUUUCAUACGUCCCAAAUGACACCAUAUUCCCUAUGUAGUGCACUACUUUUGACCACGGCCCAUAGGGGAUAUAUAGGGGAUAGGGUGCCAUUUAGAACGCUGCCAUAAACCGACUGUGUGGAGACAAAGUACUCAGACUCACUACCAUCAAUAUUCAGACACACCAGCUUUGAAGAAAGUAGUUGCUCAAAAGUUAAACGUGUCAAACUUUUAGUUUGUCUCCCUGAACUAGUAGUGCAAAGACACCAUUUUGAUUGGACUGCAUGAGAAGAGCUGAGAGACCUUUCGCCAGUCAUACUGUAUCUUUCGCCCUCUUUCUUUCUUUCUUUCUCUCUUUCUCUCUCUGUUUUUCCAGAAAGAACUUGGCAAUUUCCCCUUGUUGACACCACUUGUUGCAGUGGCCAGUUGGGCCUGAACCUUGCCAGUUGGGCACAGAACACUAAAUGUUUAUGCAUUUUGUAUUGUAUUUUGCAUUGUAUUAUGUAUGUGAUACAUGGUUGGGAUACGACUGUGAUUUGCGGUUGUCUCGCCGGGCUAUCUUAAGAUGAAGGCACUAGCUGUGGGUCGCUCUGGAUGGGAGCGUCUGCUGAAUGGCUAAAUUGUAAUAUGUAUAUUUGUGUAUAUUAUGUAUUUUAUUUGUUGUGUUGUUUCCUGUUUGGACCCCAGGAACAGUAGCCGUUGCCUCGGCAACAGCUAAUUGGGGAUCCUAUUAAAUACUAAAUACUGUAACAAGCCUAGUGAGGACAACCUACUUACUGACCACCACACUUACAUUCAUAGCCAAAGAUGCUGAAGAAAAGCAUAUUCAAAUCCUUGAAGUCAAACAGUGCUGCUGGUUUUCUUUUCUCCCUGACACUUAGUUGAUCAAUUCAUGUCACUGAUUAAAAGUCAUACUGGCACACAGGCAUACUAUUUCUGCAGCACCUGGGGAUUGACGUUGUGCUGUCUAGAAGUUUCUCUAGACUAAGUGACGAAAUACCCCAGGCGCCAGUCAAACCUCUUUAUUCUCAUUACAACACUAACCCAUCACAUCCCCUUACGACCACUCACACACACACACACACACACAAACACACACACAGCCCUCACAACCAAUAAGAGAUAGGGAAAGACUCACUCACCUAUUCUUCUCUUCUCCUGGUGCUUCUCUGACUUCUCUGACAGUCUACUACAAGAAUGGAGAGAUCCAGGUGAAGAACGAGAUGAAGAUAGGAAGAGAGAGGCUUCUCCUCAGGUUGUCUCUUGUUAGUCCCCCUGUUUCAGUCACUGGUGGCUGGGUAG